UCUUACGUCAUUCCCGUCCAAUCGUAAGGCAAGGUUGGGCCCCGGCAAACCGUAUUUAAAGAAGUGCCAGCCUAAGCGCUCAACUCGCCCAACUGUUCGUUCCGAGCGGCAGUAACUUACUUACUCACCAUGGCACGUACUAAGCAAACGGCCCGCAAGUCCACCGGUGGCAAGGCGCCCCGCAAGCAGCUUGCCACGAAGGCAGCUCGCAAAUCUGCUCCUGCCACUGGAGGUGUCAAGAAGCCCCACCGUUACAGGCCAGGAACCGUGGCCCUCCGUGAGAUCCGCCGUUAUCAGAAGAGCACCGAACUGCUUAUCAGGAAGCUGCCUUUCCAGCGCUUGGUGCGUGAAAUUGCCCAGGAUUUCAAGACUGACCUCCGCUUCCAGUCCUCCGCUGUCAUGGCCCUCCAGGAAGCUUCCGAGGCUUAUCUCGUGGGUCUCUUUGAAGACACUAACCUGUGCGCCAUCCACGCCAAGCGUGUCACUAUCAUGCCCAAGGACAUCCAGCUGGCUCGUCGAAUCCGUGGCGAGCGUGUGGCUCCUAUGGAGCCGGAGACGGCGUGCUUUGCCAGUUCGCCGGGCAGAAGGAGACGGACGGCAGUCUGGAUCUCCCGGCUGGUGAUGGUGGAGCGCUUAAGUCUGGCGGGCUGGUGGUCAUUCUCGGCCUGGUUCGAUGUAACGGGUGUUUUGGUGAGAGGUACGCUGGUGUCGCCGCCCUGCAGUCCUCCAUCCUCCGUUGUCGUCCUCGGGAGGAGGCGGUGGUUUGUCGUCGUCCUCAUCCUCAUCCUUGUCAUCAACAACUAUGGGUGGUCGUGGCGGGAGGUGGCUUGUGUUGCACCCGACUUGAAGAGUGCCAUUUAUGUAAGCAAUCCUGCUCAGGAUCGCGAGUCGCCGCGAGAGCCAGCCUCCCGGAUUCAUCGCCUCCUGAGGAAGGGCAACUACGCCGAGCGAGUGGGGGCUGGCGCCCCCGUGUACCUUGCAGCGGUCAUGGAGUACCUGGCCGCCGAAGUCCUCGAGCUUGCCGGCAACGCCGCCCGCGACAACAAGAAGACUCGCAUCAUCCCGCGUCACCUGCAGCUGGCCAUCCGGAACGACGAGGAACUUAACAAGCUCCUCUCCGGGGUCACCAUUGCACAGGUUGCUGUUGUUGACACCAAAUUCCAGACACCAGAUUUAACCGCCAAAUCCGUAGAGGGUACGUCCCUGACGCUUGAGGGCGUAGACGACGUCCAUGGCAGUGACGGUCUUGCGCUUGGCGUGCUCGGUGUAGCGCUCAACUCGCCCAACUGUUCGUUCCGAGCGGCAGUAACUUACUUACUCACCAUGGCACGUACUAAGCAAACGGCCCGCAAGUCCACCGGUGGCAAGGCGCCCCGCAAGCAGCUUGCCACGAAGGCAGCUCGCAAAUCUGCUCCUGCCACUGGAGGUGUCAAGAAGCCCCACCGUUACAGGCCAGGAACCGUGGCCCUCCGUGAGAUCCGCCGUUAUCAGAAGAGCACCGAACUGCUUAUCAGGAAGCUGCCUUUCCAGCGCUUGGUGCGUGAAAUUGCCCAGGAUUUCAAGACUGACCUCCGCUUCCAGUCCUCCGCUGUCAUGGCCCUCCAGGAAGCUUCCGAGGCUUAUCUCGUGGGUCUCUUUGAAGACACUAACCUGUGCGCCAUCCACGCCAAGCGUGUCACUAUCAUGCCCAAGGACAUCCAGCUGGCUCGUCGAAUCCGUGGCGAGCGUGCCUAAUAAGUGUGUCAUCCAAGGCAAGCAAGCAACAACAAACAAUAUCUAGGCCCUCUUCA